CACGCCCUCUCCCUUUACUCCCUCCUCCUCGGAUCCGGUCACCGCCCGGACCCCUCCUCCAUCUCCUCCGCCCUCAAAUCCUGCGCCCACCUCAACUCCAAACCCCUCGCCUCCUCAAUCCAUUCCCAGAUCGUAAAGCUCGGCCACCAGUCCAACGUCUACACCCAAACUGCCCUUGUCGAUCUCUACUCUAAACUCGACGGCCUCGACGCCGCUCGCAAGCUGUUCGACGAAAUGCCGGUCAGAAAUGUGGUCUCUUGGAACGCCAUGUUAGCCUCCUAUUUGCGAGCUGGAGACUUGGCCUCGGCCCGGAGGGUAUUUGACUCGAUGCCCAAUAGAGACGUGGUGACAUGGAAUUCGAUGAUCUCGGGCUAUGCGAAAGCUAAGCAGAUGGAUCGUGCUAGAGAGCUGUUCUGUUCGAUGGAGGAACGGAAUGCGGGGUCUUGGAACGGGAUUAUGAGCGGGUAUGUUGAUAUUGGUGAUUUGGAGAGUGCAAGGAAAGUGUUCGAUGAAAUGCCGAUGAGAAGCAACGUUUCUUGGAUCACAAUGAUUUCUGGGUACGCGAGAAACGGAGAUGUUUCUGUCGCAAGGAUUUUGUUCGAUGCAAUGGAGUUUAGAGACGUUUUUUGCUGGAAUGCGAUGAUUUCUUGUUAUGCGCAAAAUGGUCACCCGGGCGAGGCGAUUCAGUUGUUUAAUAAGAUGAGAAAGCCUGACUCGGGGGUUACUCCUGAUGAAAUGACAUUAUCUAGCGUUAUAUCGGCUUGUUCGCAAUUAGGGGACCUGAGAUUUGGAUCGUGGGUAGAGGAGUACAUGUGUUGUUUGGAUAUUAGAUUGGAUCACCAUUUGAGUACUGCUCUUAUAGAUUUGUAUUCAAAGUGUGGGUGCAUGGACCAGGCAUUUAAGCAUUUCAGUGGACUGAAGACGAGGGACACAGUAGCAUAUAGCGCGAUGAUAUUGGGAUGCGGGGUAAAUGGGAGACCUAAGGAUGCCGUCAAAAUGUUUAAUUUGAUGGCGCAGGACGAGGUUGUGCCCAACGAAGUUACAUUCAUUGGGCUCUUAACGGCGUAUAAUCACGCUGGCUUGAUUGAAGAAGCUCGAGUUUGUUUUGAUUUAAUGUGGAGCAAGUAUAAUGUGUUGCCCUCAGCGGACCACUAUGCUAUCAUGGUUGAUAGUUUGGGGAGGAGCGGGAGAUUGGACGAAGCCUAUGAGUUGGUGAAAAAGAUGCCGAUGGAGCCUCAUACAGGGGUUUGGGGUGCAUUGCUUCUUGCCUGUAGAUUGCAUGGGAAUGUUGAGUUAGGGGAGGUUGCUGCUGAGAAUUGUAUUGCGUUGGAGCCGGAGGCGAGUGGAUAUUAUGUUCAUCUGGCGAAUAUUUAUGCUGAAACUGGAAAGUGGGCGAAGUCGAAGAAAGUACGGAGAAUGAUGUUGGAAAAGGGGCUGAGUAAAAUGGUCGGCUGUAGUUGGGCAACAAGCUAAAUGGCAAGCACUCUCU